ACGGACACCUGCCACCGCCGAGUGACUCGAUCCAGCGCGCCCCUGUCCCUUCCCCCACCACAGCACCUCGUCCAACCCUAGCCGCCACGGGCAGGAGACGGCGCAGAGCACCUCGUCCGACGGCGGCCGCCCUCCCCGCCGCCGCGAACCGUCAACCUCGUCCGUGAAUCGACCGCCACAGCACGCAGGCGGCGUCGAUUCUCUGUCUCCCCCGACCACCUCUUCAGCCGCCGCCGCCCCUAAUCAGCAGGCGGAGAUGAAGCCAGUGGUGGGUAUCGUGGUGUCGAACAAGAUGCAGAAGUCGGUGGUGGUGGCGGUCGACCGCCUCUUCCACAACAAGGUGUACAACCGCUACGUCAAGCGCACCUCCAAGUUCAUGGCGCACGACGAGGCCGAGGGCUGCAACAUCGGCGACAGGGUUAGGCUGGAUCCUUCUAGGCCAUUGAGCAAAAACAAGCAUUGGAUUGUUGCCGAGGUUCUUCGAAGAGCUAAGAUGUAUGUUCCACCGCCACCUGCACCAAAAGCUUCUGCUGCUACAACUCAACAAAGUAGCAGCAAAUCAUCUGUUUGAUGAUCCUCAGAGGCAAACACAUACAUGUCUUUCAGAAUGUCUCUUCUUUACUGACUGACGGCGUGUCCAGAGAACCAUCUCAUUGAAUAAACAACGGCUGCUAUGAAAUGUUCUUUUUUGUGAUGGUCAUCAUGUUCAAUUUAUUUGUUUGCGGUCCGAAACUUGGUGAUCCAGAAUUUAUGUUGGACCCUAUACCUUCGAGUUUGCCGCAGCAAAAUUCAUAGUAGGUACGUAGAACUUAAGCAUUUCUUCAUAAUAGUUCUCCAUACAUGGUGGAGGCCGUGGUGGUGUUCAUGGCGGAGCUGAGACCCUGGCAUGGGAGAGAGCUGCCGGCCAUUGGAUGUCACCGGUAGCUAGUAUGCUCAUUGUGGCUCACUGUUGCCGUCCACCGGUGAAAUUAAAUUCCUGGCAGGAGAAUUGCAAGUUUGCUCACGUUUGUUGAAUGUACCCACGCUUGAAUAUAUGCUGUUAAUGUGGACCAUUCUUGUAAAACAUUUGUUCUUCACAUGGUAUCUUUUUUUCUUGUGGGUCA